AUGCGGGCCAGUCCGACCCCCAGGCCAGAGGACCUGAAGUUCAGGAGGUUCUGCAAGCUGGGCAGGCCUCUAGACCUGGUCAGAGCUCACAUUCUCCCCAUGGGGCCCAAGGGCAGGGCAAAGUGCCAGCGCUGUGGGCAGGAGCUGAGCCCUCGGGCAGCCUGUCCCAGCACCAGGCAGGAGAGCCAGGGACCCCACCGUCUGUGCCGUGGUGACCUGAGCCAGGACCGUGUGGAUGGGCAGAUUCUGGGCCAGCUGCGCCCCCUGACAGACGAAGAGGAGGAGGGGGCCGGGGCUACCUCGCCCCAGGGGCCUGCCUUUCCGGAGAUGAGCUCAGAGGAGCUGCGGCUGGCCUCCUUCUAUGACUGGCCAUCAACUACCAGCGUUCAGCCUGAGCUGCUGGCUGCCGCCGGCUUCUUCCACACUGGGUCACCUGAAAACGUGGGCACGUGGGGGAGGGGCUUGUUCUGGCCCUGGUGCGAUCUUGACGUGGGGGAGGGGGGUCGGCAGACUCGGUGGUGGCACCUGGAUCUGGCCCUGCAGAUCCAUGCCCCUCACGAGUCCCCAGAGUGCUUGGUGACAGCCUUCCAUGCCCAGGAGGUGCCAUUCUCUCGACCUUCCACGCCCAGGCUGGUACCCGCCCCUGACUCGAGACACAGCCACUUGAAUGACCAUCCUGGUCUCCGUGUGGGCUGCUCCUUGCCCAUGGCCAGAGGCCGUGUGCUCUUCCUGACGGAGGGAGAAGGUGCUGUGGACAGCCCUGCUACACUCAUUGGGCCUCUGCAAAGGUGCCGGUUCCUGCUCUGGUCUAAAGGAAGAGGCUUCAUCCACAGUGUCCAGGAGGCCUGGGCCCCCCUGCUCCGCCCCUGGGACCGAUGGGAAGAUCCAGAAGAUAUGGCCCCUGUGGCACCCUCAGGUCCUGUCCACAGAGACCCUGACCCUGAGCCCAGAGGAGAGAUCCAGCCUGAAUGUGCCAGAGAGCCCGGAAUCCGGGAUGCAGAAGAGCAGCUGCGGCGACUCCAGGAAGAGAGGAUGUGCAAGGUGUGCCUGGACCGUGCCGUGUCCGUUGUUUUCGUUCCCUGUGGCCACCUGGUCUGUGCUGACUGUGCCCCCAGCCUGCAGCAGUGCCCCAUCUGCAGGGCCGCCAUCAGCAGCUGCGUGCGCACCUUCCUGUCCUAGGCCAGGCACUGUGCCCCCAAGCAGGUACCAGGCCUGCCUCUACCUUUCCCCAGCUCUCGGUGCGUCUGCAAAGGAUGCUGAGU